AUGUACUCAGGCCAAAAGUUUCCUGCUUUCUCUUGCUUGACCUUUUCCUACUCCAAGAGUGUUCGUCUUUGCGGACGGAAACCUCUGGCCAUAUUGGUCACCGUCUGGCCUACUUUGUCAUUCAUUGAGAUGCGCGCGAUGUUACGUUCCCAAGGCUCGCUUCUUUGCCCAACUCUCUCUCUCUCUCUCUCUCUCUCUCUCUCUCUCUCUCUCUCUCUCUCUCUCUGCUUUUAUAUUAAUAAUGUGCUCUUUCCAUUUCGCUCCAAAUACUUCUCUUCUUCAUUUCGCCUACAAAUACUUUUUCAUUUCACCCUCCAAAGACUCCUUUCUUUUCCUUUCUCUCCAAAGACUCCUUUCUUUUCCUUCCCCUCCAAAGACUCCUCUCUUUUCCUUCCCCUCCAAAGACUCCUUUCUUUUCCUUUCUCUCCAAAGACUCCUUUCUUUUCCUUCCCCUCCAAAGACUCCUCUCUUUUCCUUCCCCUCCAAAGACUCCUUUCUUUUCCUUUCCCUCCAAAGACUCCUCUCUUUUCUUUUCCCUCCAAAGACUCCUUUCUUUUCCUUUUCCAAAGACUUUUUUUUCCCUCCAAAGACUCCUUUCUUUUCCUUUCCCUCAAAAGACUCCUUUCUUUUCUUUUCCCUCCAAAGACUUUUCCUUGUCCAUCCAAAGACUCCUUUCUUUUCUUUCUCCCCUCCAAAGACUCCUUUCUUUUCUUGUCAAUCCAAAGACUUCCCCUCCAAAGACUCCUUUUUUUCCCUUUUUCUUUUCCCCAUCCAAAGACUCCUUUCUUUUCCUUUCUUUUCUUUUCCUCCAAAGACUCCUUUCUUUUCUUGUCCAUCCAAAGACUCCUUUCUUUUCCUUUCCCUCCAAAGACUCCUUUCUUUUCUUUUCCCUCCAAAGACUCCUUUCUUUUCUUUUCCCUCCAAAGACUCCUUUCUUUUCUUGUCCAUCCAAAGACUCCUUUCUUUUCCUUUCCCUCCAAAGACUCCUUUCUUUUCCCUCCAAAGACUCCUUUCUUUUCUUGUCCAUCCAAAGACUCCUUUCUUUUCCUUCCCCUCCAAAGACUCCUUUCUUUUCUUUUCCCUCCAAAGACUCCUUUCUUUUCCUUUCCCUCCAAAGACUCCUUAAUUUCCGCUUCCUCCAAAUGCACCUUCCUUCCAUUUCCCCUCUAUAUAUCCAUAUACACUUCCUUCCUUCUCGCUGCAUUCCUCCACCUACAGAAUGACCCUUUUUUAUUCCCCUCCAAAUACUGCCUUUUUUUCAUUCUCCUCCUCCAAAAGGCCUUCCUUUACCCCCCACCACUUCGUUUCUUCUCCUUUUACAUAGUCGUUUAUUUCCUCCGUCUCCAGAAAGACGUUCCUUUCCUCCACUUGCAAGUAGUCCUUCUUUUCCUCCACCUGUAA